AUGGCGAUGGAGCUGAUGACUGCGGCAUGCGCUGCGGCACCUUCGUCGCCGGACGUCGCGCUUGACGCAAAGAAUGCUUAUAAUGAUACUGUCUAUACUUUUUCUUGUAGGCAGAAGAUUACCUAUGAUACAUCAUCGAAGACCCCUGCAUGCUGGGAAGGCGCCGCAGAAACUGCUCUAGAACACUACAACCGACUUAACGAGGAGGAUGAGCAUGAGCUGGUUAAAGCAGUGGAGUCCGUCACCUUCUUCUUCAGCGGCCCUUGGAUGCAUCUCAACUUCCUUGCUAGGCUGAAAGGGGGCAGCACCUGUGUUGAGCUCGUCCCAAAGUACUUCUUUGCGGAACUGAGAUGGAAUCCGAAUAAGAAGGGCUUCUCAUGCGUCUCCUGCGUUAAGUUGGACCCAGCUGAUUCUGAAACAGCACCUGUUCGCGGUUGUGAGAUUUGCCGAAGCUGGAUCUUCCAUCCUGCCGCUGGAGGACACCGAGGUGCUCUGACUCCGCGUUCUGCUGACGGUGACAAUAAAGAGGAAAACUCCGCUCUUAAAACGGCCAAGGCCCUCUUUGAUGCGUGGAUCUGCAAGAUGCAGCAAUAGUGGUGCUUCUCUGAAGUCACAUAUGUCUGUGAGGAGGUGCUCAAUAAACAGCGAAUGGUGAAAAGAUUUCGUGUCAUUAUUUUCAUCAGUGGCAAUGUUGCAAUUUGUACAUAUAGCCCAGAAUUUUAUUCGUGUUGUUUCACAAAGACCUUGUAAUUAUGGUGAUCAAGAGUCAAGACCUGGCCGAUUUGGCCUGCA